GGAGGCUCGGCGACGGACCAACUUCCGGUGCGGGCGGGCGGCGUGAGGGAUGUCGAUUCUGUUUCCCUCCCUCUUCCCUCGAGUGACGGAGUCACUGUGGUUUAACUUGGAUCGACCAUGUGUGGACGAAAACGAGCUCCAACAGCAAGAGAACCAGCACCAGGCAUGGUUACAGAGUAUAGCCGAGAAGAACAACACCCUGGUCCCCAUCGGAAAGCCAGCCUCUGAGCAGAAUUAUGAUGAUGAGGAGGAGGAGGAUGAUGAAGAUGAUGAGGACAGCGAAGAAGAUUCAGAGGAGGACGAAGACAUGCAGGACAUGGACGAGAUGAACGAUUACAAUGAGUCACCUGAUGAUGGAGAAAUAAAUGAGAUCGACAUGGAGGGUGCAGAACAGGACCAGGACCAGUGGAUGAUCUGACAGGCACAGGACACCCCCUGCACCUUGGAAGUGAGGGGCUGUCAUCAGCUCGCUCUCUGCACAGAUGGCGGUGCAGCAGUGUCCGUGUCCUUCCUCUGAUACCGCUGCUACACGACAGUGAUGUUGUCCACGUGAUAAGAAACCAUCGAGCUGCAGGUGAAACUCGGUGGCUCGAUGAGCGUCUGUGGGGUGGGGAGCCUGGCAUAGCAUCGACAAUUUCUCCCCUCUCACAGACACUACUCUCCCUGCUGAGUUCGUCUAGAAGCUUGUGUGUUACUUUCUCUUGCCUCCGUGAUAACAAGCCUUCCUUGGCCAUUCAGGGCUUUGAUAACAUUCCUAUUGGCUGACCUGAACUUCCACUUUCCUAACCCCUAUAACGUCCUUUCCCAAUAAAAAAAAUUCCAUUUGCAGUUUGGGCUUUGUUUACCUCACACUAUAGGAAGGUGGAAAGGUAUUUUGCCUGGUGGAAAGCUGCAGAUUCUGGGCCAGGUUUGCCUUGUGGCCAUAUUACACCACAAUGAGCUGUCGUCGUUCAAGAGGCGCUGCAGUAGCAUAGAGGUUCGCGUGACACGUUUAUAGCUGGGGAUUUCAAUUCCAGCGUCCUCUGUGAGGAGAUUGUACAUUGUUCCCAUGUACACGUGGGUUUCCUCUGGGUGCUCUGGUUUCCUCCCACAUUCCAGGAUGUACGGGUUAGUCAUUGUAAACUGUCCUGCGAUUAGGCUAGGGUUAAAUAGAUGGGUUGCUGGAUGUCGUAGCUCGUCAGGCCGGGAGAGCCAUCUCAUCCUUAUCUCUAUAACUCCUCUCCCUGAAGUGAAUUUUGACAUUGUGUGUUCCCCCUGUAUGCAAAUUCUAGAUUCUUGCUGGAGGGUUGAUUCUCAUUAGAACGGUUAAACCAGAAUCACUCACUGUGUCAGGUGUUCAGUUUAAUUUAAUUAUUUAAUAAAGAUCCAUCACAGAACAGGAGCACCGAGCAGUGCCACGCAGCAACUCACCUAUUUAACCCUGGCCUAAUCACAGGACAAUUAACAGACUGACAGUAGGGGGGAAACUGGAGAAAGCCCAUGCGGUCAUGGAGAUUGUACAAACUUUGCAACAGAGGACACCUGACACUGAACUGGGAACUCCUGGCGCGCCGAGCUGCGAUAGUGUUGCUCCAACCACUACACUCCCAUGGCAUCCUGGUGCUAUCUGUUGAGUUUUGUAAUAAAAUGUUUUUCUUAACAGUU